AUGAACUGCUUGAAUCGCCAUUCGAAAAUUCCAGCCGACCAUCUGUCGAAUAGAGCCAUCGCCGUCUAUUGUGGAUCUAAAUUAGGGAAUCAGCCCGCAUUCGUACAUGCCGCUGACUCACUCGGAAAGGCUCUGGCGCGAUUCCAAAGGCCCUUGGUCUAUGGCGGAGGCCAAAAGGGUAUCAUGGGUGCUGUGUCUAACGCCGUAGCCGAGAACGGUGGCAGGGUAACGGGUAUCGUACCUUUCGCAAUGGUCGCGGGGGGAGGUGAAGGGAACAAAUCUGAUCCGACGACGUUGGUGGUCAUACCUGACGAACAGAACGACCGGAUCGAAACAAUCGUUGUGGAGUCCAUGCACGAGCGAAAGGUCGAGAUGGCGAGACGCGUUGGAGGAUUUGUCGCGUUGCCCGGUGGGUUCGGGACGUUUGAAGAGGUUAUGGAGGUCGCAACUUGGACUCAACUUGGCAUCCACAAAAAACCCGUCGUCCUUUUGAAUGUCCGAUUGUUCUACGAACCUCUCAGGCAACUGAUCAAGAAGGGGGUUUACGAAGGAUUCAUUGACCCUGUCAAUGAACAUAUCGUUGUUUUCGUUGAUGGUCCGUCAUCGAUUGAUGAGCAUGAUAGCUUCAACUGGGGGAAGGCCGCGCUUGAGGCCAUUGAUUCUUGGCAUAUCGAGGCUUUGAAGCCUAUGUUUGACUGGACAAAGCGGCACGAGGAGGGAGACGAUGAUAAAUUGAAGGCGACCUAG